AUGGAUAAACUGAGAAGAGUUCUGCCUUGCUAUAAACGAAAAGAGAAGAAGGAGGAGAGUUUAUCGUCACACUUUUGUAAGAAUGGAAGUUUACUAAUGGAGGAAUUAAUUGGUUGUUUUGGAGGACGAUACCAGCUUCCCAUUCGAAGCUUCACUGCCAGAGAACUCAUCAGGGCAACCAAUUACUUCUCUUCACAAGUCAAUCAUAUUAUAACCUACGGUGGGAAGUCAUUCAAGGGUAAUCUGCAAGACCGCCCCGUUUUGAUUAAAUUUUGCGAAGAUUAUAAUCAUGAAGGCAUGGCUGAUUCAAUCAUUCGUGACAUAGUUAUGAAUUCGCAAAUGAGUCACCUCAAGAAUGUCUUGCAUCUUAUAGGCUGCUGUUUGGAAUUCAAGUUUCCUGCUAUGGUGUAUCAUUAUGCACCUGGGAUGGAAUCUCUAGUUCGUUGCCUCAACUACCCCCCCGAUGGUAAAUUACUUUCUUGGAAAAGUAGAAUAAAGAUUGCAAGUGACAUAGCCAAUGUCUUGCUUUAUCUUCAUACAGCAUUUCCUUCACCAAUCAUUUUUCGGGAUUUGACAAUUCACAAAGUGGCAUUAGAUAAUUGCGGAGUUGCUAAAUUAUUUGGCUUUGAACUUUCGAUAUCCCUUCCCCGUGGAGAAAAGAAGGUUGAAGAUCUGCCUAAAGGCACAUUUGGAUACAUCGACCCUGAGUACUGCUGUUCCAGUUUUGUCACUGAGAAGAGUGAUGUGUUCAGCUUAGGAGUAAUUAUGCUUGUGCUAAUUACUGGAGAAACACGCGUUGUAAAGGAUGGUGAACCAACAGUAUCUUCUUUCAUACUCCGCUUUGAGAAUGAUCAAUUCAAACAUAUCCUGGAUCCUAAGAGUUUCGAAGAGGAAGGCUACAACGAACAUGAGAUAGAGCAGCAUUUGUUGCCUUUUACUAGCCUUGCUUUGAGAUGCAUAGCAGAAAAAGGAGAAGAUAGGCCAGAGAUGAUUGAGGUUGCAAAACAGCUCCUCCAAAUCGAGAAGUCUGUGCGCAAUUAUUAG